GGGGGUGGCGCUGGGGCUGGCGCUGGGGGUGAAGGUGCCGGCGGGCAGCGAGGCUGACGGCGGGCAGGGGGCGGACCCGCUGCCGCCCCCUCGGGGCUUCGGCGCGGCCAUCGAGAGGAGUCGGGACCUGCUGCGGCGGGUUAAGGAUGAAGCAGGAAUCCCAGGUAUACUGGUUGGAGUUUCUGUAGAUGGAAAGGAGGUUUGGUCAGAAGGUUUGGGUUAUGCUGAUGUGGAGAAUCGUGUAGUAUGUAAGCCAGAGACGAUCAUGCGAAUUGCUAGUAUUAGCAAGUGUCUUACAAUGAUGGCUGUUGCAAAACUGUGGGAAGAGGGGAAACUGGAUUUAGAUGCUCCAGUGCAGAAAUAUGUCCCUGAAUUUCCAGAAAAAGUCUACGAGGGUGAAAAGGUCGCUAUUACUACAAGACUGUUGGUUUCACAUCUGAGUGGGAUUCGUCACUAUGAAAAAGAUAUCACAAAAGUAAAGGAAGAAAAGGAAAAGGCAAACAGAGCAUUUAAACUAACAAAACCCUAUCAGGAUAAAGAACAAAAAGAAAAAGAAGGCAAAGGGAUUGAAAAGACUGAUUCUGUCAAACUGAGGAAAGAGCACGAAGGUGAAGUAAAAAGCCGAAAUUCCAAACCUGGCAGAAGAGACAAGGAAUUUGAGCAAGAAGAGUAUUAUUUGAAGGAAAAAUUUGAAAGCGUGAUUGAAUCACUGAAGAUAUUUAAAAAUGAUCCUUUAUUCUUUAAACCAGGUAGUCAGUUCUUGUAUUCAACAUACGGCUUUACUCUCUUAAGUGCUGUUGUGGAGAGAGUCUCAGGACAGAAAUUUACAGAUUAUAUGCUAAAAAUGUUUCAUGAUUUGGAUAUGCUGUCAACUGUGCUAGACGACAAUGAAGCAAUGAUAUAUAACAGAGCAAGGUGUUACGUUUACAACAAAAAGGGACGGCUGGUAAACGCACCGUAUGUGGACAACUCUUACAAGUGGGCUGGUGGUGGCUUUCUGUCGUCCGUAGGUGAUCUUCUGAAAUUUGGCAAUGCCUUGUUGUACAGUUAUCAAGCUGGACAGUUUAAAAACACUAAUGGCAAACUUCUUCCUGGGUACCUCAAACCAGACACAGUCGCAAUGAUGUGGACCCCAGUGCCAAAAACGGAAGUAUCAUGGGACAGGGAUGGUAAAUAUGCAAUGGCUUGGGCUGUAGUAGAGAAAAAACAACAAUGUGGCUGUUGCAGACAGCAGAGACACUACGCAUCUCAUACAGGUGGUGCAGUGGGGGCAAGUAGUGUCCUCCUAAUUCUUCCAGAAGAGCUGGACUCUGAAGCUGUAGCUACUGGGCUCGUGGCACCACCUAGAGGAGUAAUUGUUAGUAUUAUCUGUAAUAUGCAAUCAGUUUCACUCAACAGCACUGCCUUAAAGAUUGCAAGGGAAUUUGAUAAAGAAAAAUGGGCACAAUAUAUAGAUUAAAAAAAAAGAGGUACGUGUAACUGAACUCACUGUACUGAAACAUGAAAAACAAAUGGAGAAGGGUAUAAUUGGACCCAAGAUCACUAAGAAUAUGUGAAGAAAAAUCAUCAAAAAUUCACUUAACUAACUUCCGCUAGUGGUGCUAAACUUACGUGUGGAAUUUCAUCUCUCAGGGACGUUCCUAACUUCCAGAAAAGGAGAAUGUAACAGUCAAUUUUGACUUCGUGUAGUACCUGUGUAAAUUAUCAUUAUAUUAGCAGGUUUUUUUUCUCAUCUAGUCAAGCACUUGACCAAGAUUAAAAAAACAAGCAUUGGUUUCUUGCACUAAGUACAACAGAAAAUUAUCUACCUUAAACACUGAACUUUUGAAAAAUUUCACAUCUUGAUUUGAGCACACGAAGAUGUAAUUUGUUAUUCUCACAGUUCCUGUCUGCCAAAACUGUUUAAUAUUCCUUUUUAAAUAAUGGGUUUACUGUUGAUUUUUAUAUUUUUACAUAGCGCUUUUCUUUUUUGCUUAAAAAGAAAAAAAACCCUACAAGCUCCAAAUCUUGAAGCUACCUCCACAAUGCAGAUUUGUACCAGAAGUAGUAUGCUUUUGUCAGAGCUGUGGAUUGUUAAGAAUUAGAAACUGAUGAAGCUAGAGUAAUGUAAGUAAAAAUCUUUUUGUUAUUUAAUGUCCUCUCUUCCAUUUUUAUUGGACACAGAGAAUGUCUGAAACUAGUUUACUGUGAAAUAUAAGGGUGUUAUUUCCACAGUUGAAUAUACCUGAAUAGCACAACAUGGUGAGCUGUUAAACUGUCUUGUUUUUGAAUGAUACACAUGCUAACUUUUGUAGCCAGAAAUGGCACUGUAUUCUGUAGUGUAGGUGUUCCUUUAGCUGUAGGAAUUGGGAACUCAAAUAACUCCAAAAAAUUUAGAGCCCAAUCUUGAAGCCAGUAGUAGAAGUCUGUCAGACUUUGAGAGUUUUUUUUGGAAACCAUACUUUUUUCCGUUUGGAGGCCUGCCUCGAGGAGUUUCUUUUGGACAAGGCUGAACAAGAGAUUGUGAUAGAGUUCAAAGAAGCAUUUUCUGAUCUUCAGUUUUAUUAUAGGAAUACAAUAACAUCUGAGUGUGUUGAUUAUGUAAUGGCAUGGAAGAUCUCCAAGACUUGCCUCCCACCCCACUCCCCCUGCAGUUACAUCAGACAGUAUUUCCAGGCUGAGACAAAACAAAAUAGCUGUCAGGAAAGGUUGGAAUAGUUGCAUCCCUGCACUGUUUAGUAAGCUCUGCUUCUCUGAAUUUAAGGAGCAAGAUGUCUUAGAUAACAGCUAGCAGAAGACAGCCUUACCCACUUCUUUUCCAAGUUAGUGCUUUCGGCAUUAACUUCAUAGCUGUUACCUACCCUGUGAUGAAACAACAUGCUGUCAUCUCUGUUUCCAGUAUGCCUAUGAUAACAUUUAUUACCUAAGACUGAAAAACCAGGAAAUUUAGUAUUUUAAGGUGUUGGUGUUUUACAUACUUUUUUUAAUUGAAACUAGUAGGACUGGCUUAUUACUCUUCAAAAUUACAAUCAUUCUUGUGCCUUAAAACAGUAAAAGCUUACACCUAAACUAUUUGCUUGGGUUUUCUGGCCCACUCAUCAAAACAUCACUUUUCAAAUUCAUGAAUAAUGGUUUGUCUUUAUCUCAAGAAUAUCAGAUCACUAGAGGGAACCUUUCUGAACAAACUUUCAUUUGGUCAGGCAGUAAAUUAUCUACUCUUCCACUGAAGUCUGAUAUUGUUUGACAGUUCCAGUACAGAAGUACUGGAGGUGAGCAUCUUCUACAGUAGCAACUUUUUUUUUUUUUCUCCAGUCCUGAGCACCUACUAGCUAGGUAAACAUGCAGCAGCAGAAAUGAUUGCCUGUUUUACACAGUUAACAAGAGUAAGUAGUUCUGAGUUGUUUUCAUGUUGAAGAAGACAUGAAUAGAAAUAGACAUAUUACAAUGUUUUAAACAGACAAUCUGAGAAGUAACUUAUUUUAGGAUUUAUAACACUUUUCUUGUAUGAUGCAUCUGUUUUGCAAAUGGUAUUGUACUUGAAAAACCAUUUUGCAUACUUGAGAGAAAACAAGUUUCACUCACUGACCACUGUGUUUGGAUUUAGACAAAGAUUCAGAAUGUCGAAGGCAUACAUUGACCAUUAUGCUUGUCUGCAUAUGACUAAGCACUAAUAAAUGUAAAUAUUUGAAGUAUGUAUGAAAGUGAGUAAUGGUAAGAAGUGUCUAAGGCAUUUUGAACACCAAGAUAUUAAUAACAGUGUCUCACUCCCCUCAUAGAAUAUGUUUAGCCACCAACUGUUUAUAUGCAUACUAUGUUCUUUAUCUCCCGUUAACUUAAGGCCUUUAAAAAAACCUCUAUUGUCACACGUACAGUAUUGGAAAUGCUAUGACAUCUAAAUUUCAUUUUCCAGUACCUGGAACAAAAUGGGCCACUGACCUUCUCUGAUUUGCUAUUUACUUAAUCCUGAGUUGUUAUCUUUUAAGUUAGAGAAGGCAAGAGAUACAGGAGACUAGGAAUCAAUCUGGCCUUAGCACAUGUAUUCAGGUCACAAGUGAAUGAGUAUUGCUACUUUGGUCUUUGUUCUGAAGCCAGUUAUUUGACGGACUGGUAUUAGGUGUGGAAAAAGGUCAAUUCAGAGCAGCUUUCAUGAUAAACCUGCUAUUAAAAUUUUUAAUUAACCUUCAUUGUGGAAACACAGUAUGGCACUGACAUAAAACUGUACUUUUCUUAAAAGGCAUGUAUACUAAAGUGGUACAUCUAUUUCUGUAUCAAACACAUACUUUUUGCAUCUGGUAAUCAUCGUAAGUGUUUACUCUUUGAAUUAACUGAAAUAAAACUUACCUUGCAAAUGCAAUGAAUUGUAA